AAUAUAUGUUCUCGAUUUUGUGACUUCAAAUAUUUAUCUUAUACUCGUUUACGACUACUGUUGUGAUAUGGAGAAUCAUUUGAUCAAUUAUUAUAGUCAAUGGAAUGAUUUUAUUAUUAAAGUAAUGGAAAUUGAUAAAUGCAUGUGGAAUAGUGAUCGAUACUUUGUAUAAUUAAAAUUGAACGUGAAUGUACAUUUACCCUUUGCAGCCACAUUCAAAGUUCAAGGUCAGUGCUGAUUUGGAAAAGUAAUGGAGAAUUUUGUCAAGGGUCAUAGACGCACUCCAAGUGAUGUGGAGUUUGAGCGCAAGAGCAAGCAAGAUGCCCAGAAAUCACUGAACAAAGAACUCAACAAACUCCUGCUUACCGCAACGAGUAACAAAGAUGGUCGCGCAUUGGAGAAUAUCAGAAAGGACUUUGACGGCUUCGAGAAAUUGUUCGGACGAUUCUUGGAAGAGACCGGUCCAUUUGUUGACUGGGAGAAGAUUGAUCCUUUAAAGGAAGAUGCGAUCCAAAUGUACAAUGACCUUCCCCCAAGCAAAGACGAAGCUGUUACCAAGGAGAUGUUAAACAAACUAAUCGUUGUCAAGCUCAAUGGAGGUCUUGGAACAAGUAUGGGAUGCACGGGACCCAAAAGUGUGAUCCAAGUACGAAAUGACCAAACCUUUUUGGAUCUGACAGUACAACAGAUAGAGUACUUGAACAGGAAAUAUGGUGUGGAUGUCCCCCUUGUUUUGAUGAACUCUUUCAACACACAAGCAGAUACUGAAAAAUUGCUGAGAAAAUAUGCUAAUUAUAAAAUUACGAUAAGGACAUUUGAACAAAGCAAAUACCCAAGAAUUGACAGAGAGAGCAGAUUGCCAGUGGCCAAUAGUCUUUCUGGAAGCAACAAUGAAGCGUGGUACCCACCAGGUCACGGAGAUAUAUAUGAAGCUUUUUACAACUCUGGUCUCCUAAAGGAGUACAUUGACAAGGGAAAGACAUUUGCCUUUAUAUCUAAUAUUGAUAACUUGGGAGCUACUGUUGACAUCAAUAUUCUAAAUGGAUUGAUGAACCCUAGCAAUGGCCAGAAGGCACCAGAGUUUGUGAUGGAGGUCACAGACAAGACAAGGGCUGAUGUCAAGGGAGGAACCCUAGUGGAGUAUAAUGGUAAACUAAGGCUGCUUGAGAUUGCACAAGUUCCUAAAGAUCGGGUGGAUGAGUUUAAAAGUGUCAGUAAGUUCAAGAUUUUCAACACAAACAACUUGUGGAUCAAUCUCAACGCUAUUCAUCGUGUCGUAGAGGAACGCACCUUACAUAUGGAGAUUAUCGUUAAUCCUAAGACAUUAGACAACGGAGUUAAUGUUAUACAGUUGGAAACAGCCGUCGGAGCAGCCAUUAAGUCAUUUGACGGAGCUUUGGGUAUCAAUGUACCAAG